AUGCCGUCCCUUCAGACUGCUCUGCCUCCUGAGCUCGCCAACAAUACUAUUAGGCUCUACCGUGAAUGCCUACGAAGAGCUAAAUAUAUUGGUAAUCGGAACUACAACACACAGCUUCUUGUUGAUAUGGUGAGACAACAGUUUAAGAAACACAAGCACGAGACAGAUCCUGACAAGAUUCAGAAGUUGAAGGAUGAUGCUGCAAGGGGGCUUAUAAAUCACAUAUUGUUUGAAGCAGAGAAAAUGACAGGUUCUAAAUUUAACAAGACUAAGCAGCCUAAUUUAUGA